CAUGUUUCACGGCCAUUUUUUAAGGACACCACUACACUUCAUAAAGCAACACUUAUUAAUCCUUUGGCGCCUUAAUGUCUUCGGUUGCCUGAAAGGAAAAGAAGGUUCAUGUCUUGUAGGCCAUUUAGGUAACGUGCUUGUUAGAAAAUGUUGCGAAAGGUUAGGUCACACGCCCAAGGAUUGCGGCUGCACGAUGCGCUAUCGAACAGCCCACUUACGAUUGUCUACCAGUGCAUCGGAAACGUGAAGGCUGCGCAGCUCGAGGAUGCGCUUAGAGCAGAAGUUCCUGAAUCACAAGAUGGCCUAAAGGCUGUCCCGGUUAGCUUUCGGGUUAAGAAUAGCCUUGCAUCGGCAACCGGGCGAGCCGACGUCGCCGCGUUCCUACAGACUACGAAUGUGCUCGUCGGCUGGGAGCUUAACGCUACAGGAACGCCUAGCACAUCCAUCACAAGUGCCGGGGCUCGGCCUGUAAAGCUGGCUGAAAGCCUGACGGAUUUAGUCGCGGAGUCUACCUCCCAAGCGUCCGCUUCCCAGCAAGGGCCCCGCCGGCAACCGCCUCAGCGCACACUAGCAACCCUCAUCAAAGCCAGCCUGGGCUUAUCCUCAAAAUACCCCAUCGCGCCCUUGGCCGGAUUCUUCCAUGGCCAGCGCAUCGGCCUCUCAGACCUGGCCCGCUGGAGCGAGCUGGACGACAAGACCGUGUACGGCGAGUUGCUGGCUCAGCUGGGCUCGGUGCCGUACCAGCUGGUGGACAGCAUCAGCGUGGGCGAUGCGGGCAUCAGUUCGCUGCUGGACUCUCAGAGCGGUCCGCUGCUGGCGCUGCUCAGCUCGCGCCAGCAGUCCGACCCCGCCGCUGCUGCCGCCGCUGCCCCGGGAGCCCCCGGCAGCGCCUAGUCCGCCGUAAGGGCGUGCAGCAAGGGAGGUUACGCCUGGGAUGUGUGUGUGUGUGUGUGUGUGUGUGUGUUGGGGCCUCAGGGCCCUGUGUGGUUCUCCGCUGGGAUGGAGCGGCGGCUGCGGUGGGCAGCCAGCCAGCCAGUCGCCCAGCCAGCCAGCCAACCGGCGGCCCUCUCAGUGGCUGCUGGGUUGCAGCGGGGCGAGCGCCGUAGCCUGGGCAUGCGGCUGGAAUCGUGUUGCGGAGCGCAUGAGGAGGAGCAGGAGGAGGAGGAGGAGCCCCGGUGCGUCUUCUGGGGGAGAAUGGUGUGGGGGAGCGGUGGGAGCAGGAGCACAGGGGAUGGAGAGGUCGGCGGGGUGGAUGAGGUGGCAUGUGGGGCGCGGUGCCGGUGGGGUUGUAACGUGUUGUGGUGGGGUGGGGUAGUUGGGCUUGUUCUUCAUUGCGGUUGCCGUACAUGGGGGUAAUGAGGAGUCCGACUGACUGUGGUGGUGGCACUUGUGGGUGGCGCAGCAACCACCUCUGUGUGCUGCGAUGUGGGGUGCGGGGUGUGGCGUGCGUGUGGGAGGAGGCGGGGGUGCGGGGGCAUCCACGGUGGGUGCGGGUGUGGAGCCUCAGGAGGCAGGAGGUGAUGACGUGUCAGGAAGCCAUGCGGAAUGACCGAAGGAGCAAAGAGCGACGGGUGUGAAGGUUGCUGCAGCACCUGCCGUAGGGGGGGGAGGACAUACGAGGGCGCCGCAGACGGGGAGGCAGUACGAGUUGACGGAAAGCAGCAGCAGCGUACCAUCAGGUGCGCCAGGGAGGGGGGACCUGGACGCAUGGAGGCCCCUCCAUGGCGGAACCGGUACCCCGAAUAACAGUGCUCGGUUGGUGGGCACGGUCUGCUGUGUUGAGAACACUGGCCGCGAGUGAAGGUGCGUGUUUGCGUGGGUGCGUGUCCUUCAGUGGAUGUCCGCGGCGGGGGCGGGGCUCCGCACGGGCAGGAGACAGGAUUGAGACACUGCUGCGUGUAUUGAUGUGGACUAGCGGACUAGCGGGCUUCUUCUGUGAUACUGGACUUCUUUCGGGCUCGGAGCACCGGCGGGCAUCAUCUGUGUGCGUUAAGAAAGCUGGCCGCGAGUCGGAGCUGUGUGGGUGCAUGCUGCCGGUUUGCUGGAAGGGGGCAGCAGGAAGGAAGCAGGCGAGGGGGAAGCACCGCUGUCUGACUGGGGACUUGAGUGCUUCUUCUGGAGUGCACUUGUGAGCGGUGGUCGGGUAUUAGAUGGAAGGAGUGCUGGAGGUGCCUCCCGAGGUCUGCUUUCCGUGCAUUCCUAUUAGCAUCCUUGGAAAUAGCGAAGGAACGGCGAAGCCGCCGCCUUUACCGGUACGACGAGGUGCUGCGCUACGAGGCCAGCUGCCGACACACUACUGCCUGUUGCUGGCUGCUGGUGUGAGGCGGUGUGCUGGGCUUGCGAUGUGUGCGUGCAAAGCGGGGGGCGCGGGCGGGGGCCGGGGCGUGCUUCAUGCUGCUGCUGCUGCUGGCGGCGUUCUAUCUUGCUGCUGCUGUUCUGCUGCCUCGUGCCUUUUGUAACGGCUCCUGAAGGAUUCGUAAUGAAGCCGGCUUGCAUGUGUCUGUUAAGAAAACUUGCCACUGUGUGUGUGUCUCAAGCGAUACUUCGGUCGCUUGAAAAAGUCGUCCGUCCUAGCCGAGGGUGCUGCUGCUGCUGCCUUCCAAUGAUGUGCGCUACACGGAAAGCAGGUGAUUGCAAAGCCGUUUUCUUCUCCGAAUCCGCUCGGCGAACAAGUACCACCGUAAUUGGCUCCUCUAGCAGAUAGCUAGGAUGGCGUCGCGAGGAAGUGUAGAUUGCAGGCGCGGUAAAAGCACCAAGAGAAGGCGUGCGACAACAGUACGUUAUGAGCGAAAGGAUUUAACGUAUUAACGAAGACCCUUCAGUCUUACAUGCCGUCCAUGUCCCAACCGCUAUCGACAACAGUACAGAAACAGUGAUAGCCGUGCUGGUACAGGUGUCACAUAAAUAUAAAUAAAU